ACAAUACAUAAUUGCAACAAAUUGAAUACAGCUCACGUGGAGUUGCAGAAGUUGACCAUGCUGAAAAACGAACAGGGAGAAUUGAGCUCCGAUGAUGAGAAGAAGUACAAAGUGUUGAUCAGGCAGUGCGAGAAGGAGAUUUUGGGUGCUGCGGAUGUUAUCUGCUGCACAUGCGUGGGUGCUGGUGAUCCUCGCCUCAACAAGCUCAAGUUCAGGAUGGUUUUGAUCGACAAAGCCACGCAAGCUACUGAAGCGGGUGCGCUUGUAUUCCUUGAUAGGUUGUUCCUCGACUGA